GCGUGGUUUGAAGUUCUCGAGCGACGUUGAACAGGGCGCGUCGUGAUUGGCUGCGCGUUCUCCAGCGCGCUAGCGCUUCUCGUCGCCCGGACGGGAAAAAAGCUGAGGCGAGCGCCGCCGUCUGCCAGACUGGCUGUUGCUUCUCUCAAUUGUAUACACACCGCCGCCAUGAUAUUACGCUCGUUGCUGCGGCGGCCCGGCGCCGUGCAGUCCUUAGCUGGAACUCCUGCAAAAUGCGUCUCCCCACUGUUCCUCCGCUCUUUGCACGUCGUCCCGUCGCUCGUGAACCACCAGGAACUCGAGAAGAAUGGCAUCCCGGGACUGCUCAGCCCCAAGGGUUUCAAGAUUGCGUAUACAGACUACCAGCAGUUGAUGGUGGACGAGUUGAAUGCGGCUACCUCCGGCACGACGCUGGAGGGCCAAACCCCCAAGAGUUUAGUCAUUGAGCUGGCACGGAAUCCCACAACCGCAUACAGCUUCAACGUCGCAUCCAUGGCCUAUAACAACCACUUCUUCUUCCGCGGCAUUGCCACAGACCCGAACGUCGUAUCCGCCCCCUCGACCGACCUCCUCGCCGCCAUAAACUCCUCCUUCUCCUCCCUCGACACCCUCCGCGAAGAAUUCCUCGCCACCGCCGACGCAAUGUUCGGACCCGGCUUCGUCUGGCUCGUCCAACUCAACGACACCGCCCGCCGGCCUCUCCGCAUCCUGCCCACCUACCUCGCCGGCAGCCCCCUCUCGGGCGCCCACUAUCGCCGCCAAUCGCACGAUCUGACGACACAUAAUCCCGACUCGUACCAGGAGCUGAAUCCCGUGGGAGCGUUUGGGUCGGCGGCGCGCAGGGGUGCGGAGAAGCGCGAGCAGAAACCUCUGGGAGGUGUGGAUGUGGUGCCCUUGCUGUGUGUGAAUACGUGGGAGCAUGUGUGGUUGCAUGACUAUGGGGUCCGGGGGAAGAUGCGAUUUUUGGAGAAGUGGUGGGAGAAGAUCAAUUGGAAUGUUGUGCAGGAGGGCGCGACGCUGCAGCCUAGUGGACAGGUAAAGUUUAAUUACGGACAGGCGCAGAACUCGUUUAGGGCGUAGGUGUGGAUGAGGGGACGACAGCGGAGUGAAGAAAGAUAUGGGUUGCGCGUUAGGCGCGAUGGGCGAGGUGGGCGACAUUGUAUUAUAUCAUAUCUAUGUGUACAAAUUUGGGUUGGGUGGAAGGUACUGCAUAUAGAGUCCUCGGGGAACCCCAUGUACGGAUUUGAAGUUACUGGAUAUAGCGAAC